UUUUCUAAUUUAAGUAAAGUUACUUAAUGUUAAGGGAAUAGCUCAAUUCUAUUUAUUACCAUAUAACCAUACUUCCUAUGCAAUAGAAACUUAGCAGGAGAUUAUCUAUCCUUUUUCGAGCCUACCAUAUCGGCCAUCUUCAAUAAUCAGGCGCUGACUGCACCACUUCCAUGUCCACUGUACCCACUUUCUACCCACUUCCUAACUACACUAUACCCCACAUCACGCAACUAAAAAGGAGUUGCUCAGUUUGCUGGGUGAAGCGGACCCGGAAUGACAUCGCCGGAUGAGCGCAAGAGUUUCUGGGAGCGACAUGAGUUCAAGUUCUAUCGGUAUGGACAUGUGUACGCCCUGAUCUAUGGACAAGUGGUGAUCGAUUAUGUGCCCCAAAGGGCGCUGAAACGUGGCUUUAAGGUGCUCCUGAUUACAUAUGGUCACCUAUUCAGCAUGCUGUUGAUUGUGGUAUUGCCCGGAUAUUUCUGCUACCACUUUCGCACCCUAACUGAUACCCUGGAUCGGCGUUUGCAAUUGCUGUUCUAUGUGAGUUUCGCCAAUACGGCCAUCAAAUAUGCCACCGUAAUUGUGACCUAUGUGGCCAAUACCGUGCACUUUGAGGCCAUCAACCAGAGGUGCACCAUGCAGAGGACGCAUCUGGAGUUCGAGUUCCAGAACGCUCCACAGGAGCCCAAGCGACCAUUUGAGUUCUUCAUGUACUUCAAGUUCUGCCUGAUCAAUCUGAUGAUGAUGAUCCAGGUGUGUGGCAUAUUUGCCCAGUACGGCGAAGGUGGCAAGGGUUCAGUUAGCCAGGUGCGAGUCCACUUUGCGAUCUACGCCUUUGUGCUGUGGAACUACACGGAGAACAUGGCGGACUACUGCUACUGGAUCAAUGGAUCGGUGCUCAAGUACUACAGGCAGUUCAAUCUCCAGUUGGGAUCGCUUAGGGAUGAGAUGGAUGGUCUGAGACCCGGUGGCAUGCUGCUCCAUCACUGCUGUGAGCUGAGCGAUCGCCUGGAGGAGCUGAGACGGCGGUGCCGGGAGAUCCACGAUCUGCAGCGCGAGAGCUUUCGGAUGCAUCAGUUCCAGCUGAUCGGACUCAUGCUGAGCACGCUCAUCAACAACUUGACCAACUUCUAUACCCUGUUCCACAUGCUGGCCAAACAGUCGCUGGAGGAGGUCAGCUAUCCGGUGGUUGUGGGUUCGGUCUACGCCACGGGCUUCUACAUAGACACCUAUAUUGUUACGUUGACCAAUGAGCACAUCAAGCUGGAGCUGGAGGCGGUGGCUCUGACCAUGCGGAGAUUCGCAGAGCCGCGGGAAAUGGAUGAGCGACUAACCAGGGAGAUAGAACACCUUUCGCUGGAGCUGCUCAACUACCAACCGCCCAUGCUGUGUGGACUUUUGCACCUGGAUCGCCGAUUGGUGUACCUGAUUGCUGUCACCGCCUUUUCCUACUUCAUAACUCUGGUGCAGUUCGAUCUCUAUCUGCGCAAGAAGUCCUAGUUAGUGUUCAAUUAAUAAUCAGCAAUAAUCACAACAAGCCGAAUUUAAAAUGCUUAGCUAUGUUUUUUUUUAAGUCUAGAAAAUGUUUAAUAGUUUUAGAACCACAAAUACUUGUUCCUAAUGCAGCUGAAUAAAAGCGUUUAACUAA